UGAACGUUCAGCUGCGAUACACUCCGCGCUGACCAGGAGUCAGUUUCACGGUGAGCACAAACCGGAAAACCAUCACUAAAACUGACCGGAGACCAGCUCAAUCCCAACUCCAAGUAACCGUCUUCGGCGGUACGCUGCAUCUUCUCUACCGGCAACGUGGCAGCACUCACCACUUCAAAGUCACACGCACACACACGUGUGACCCACAAUCCGGGGACACGCGCAGGUUACACAGAAUGGACUAAAAUCUUUGUCUUUUGUUGGAGUCAUUCUGGAGAUGGACGUGACUUCCUCUCUUCCAGCCCUGUUGGACUGCAGCUGUCAAGCUUCUCUGGGUUUGCUCCACUGUUCCCUCUCAGCUCCCCCAACACACUCACAAUGCAUGUGGAGCGGGGAUGAAGCACCGUUCUGGUCCUGGAUGGUAUGAUUGGUGUCAAGGGAGGCGGAACUUGCGUGAGGGGGUCAUCAUGGAUCACCGAGGUCACCCCCGGCCCGACCCUUACAGGACUAAAGAGAGAGAGGACUACAGGUACAGGGACCAGAGCUACCAACAGCUGAACCCCAGAGAGGGGGACGGGCACUGGGUUCAAACAGAUGCCCGCUACAGGCCUCACUUCACUAGUCCUCCGGCCAGACCGGAGGAGUAUCCUCACAACGCGCCGCAGUAUCCUUAUGGCUACGGCCGCCCGGAACCCCAGUCCAGGCAUGGGUAUGACUAUCCACCGUACAGCCACUGGGACUACAGAGACCCUAACUACAGUUACUAUGACCAUGACUACUAUAGGGGACAACGUGGACGACAAGAUGCUGCCCCGUGGGGGCCCCAGGACUCCUCCAGAACGGCCCCUUAUCACGACGGGACACACAGCCAUGAGCACUCAGGGAGCUCCUACACUGACGAGCACAGGUACGACCAAGGCCGAGGCCACCCCCAGCAUUACCUGAAGCCCUACGAGGAGACUCCCUCCAGAGACAAUGAAGAGGUGUCCUCGUACUACCCGGGGACAUUGGAAAGUUCCAAAAACUCAGGGCUGUCCUCCAGCAGCUGUGAGCUGAGUCAGUACAUCAACGGAGCUGAGCACAGCGGCUCAGUCCACACACCUGAAGCAGAGCACGGGCCGAUGCACCAGAUGUCCGCUCCUCUCAAGUACUCGAUCCCCCACGUGGUGGUGAGCUUUGGGCCAGCAGGCCAGCUGAUUCGGGUCACUCCGGGCUUGUCCACACGGGAGAACAUCAGCCAGCUGGAAAUCCACAGUCUGGAGGUAAUUCUGGGAGAGACAAAGGAUCAGCAGGAGAUGAGAAACUUCCCAGGGCCCUUAACCAGGGAGGAUCUGCACAAAGUGGACGCUCUGGAGUUUGCCCACCAGCGGGCCGGCGCCUGCGUGAGCGGCGACACGCUGCACGAUAAGAGCUCCGCUGCCCUCCUGUGGAAUCUGCUCAUCCUACUCUGCAGACAGAAUGGACAAAUAGUGGGCUCGGAUAUCGCAGAGCUGCUGAUGCAAGGCUCACAUUCAGACGGAAGCUGGGAGUCAGACACUCCCACACUCAUCGACUUCAGUGAGGGUACAACUGCUGCAGCACCGCCUCGCGCAGGAGAUGACCUGCUCACGGGAAACUGGAGCAGCUUCAGCUCCGAGAACUCUGAGAAGGCCCUGCAGAGCUACACUCAACUGCUGCUGGCUGGACGGAAGAAGGAGGCGUUGGAGUCAGCUAUGAGCAGUGGCCUGUGGGGGCACGCAUUGUUCCUCGCCAGCAAAAUGGACAACAGGUCCUACACCAACGUGCUGAACAGGUUUACAGGCCAGCUAACGGCCAGUGAUCCCCUCCAGACCCUCUUCCAACUGCUGACUGGGAGAAUCCCUGUGGUAUCCAUGAGCUGUGGGAAUGAAAAGUGGGGAAACUGGAGGCCCCAUCUGGCUGUCAUGCUUUCCAACGAAACAGGAGACCCUGCCGUCCAACAGAAGGCCAUCGUCACCAUGGGGGACACACUCGCCUCCAAAGGCCUCGUACAUGCCGCCCAUGUGUGCUACCUGACAGCCAGCGUGCCCUUCGGGGGAUUCAUGCAGAAGGCGGAUAGACUGGUGCUUCUGGGCAGCAGCCACAGGCAAUCCUUUGAGUACUUUGCCACCAACCUUGCCAUUCAAUGCACUGAAUUGUAUGAAUACUGCCAGACACUUGGGGGCAAAUGUUUUUUGCUGCCAUCCUUUCAGGUGUAUAAGUUCCUGUAUGCGAGUCGACUGCUGGACUGCGGCCUUGCGUCUCAGGCCUUUCAUUACUGCGAGGUGGUGGGCCGGGCGAUCCUCGGGCAGGGGGGGCCUUUCCUUGUGCUGAUUGGAGAGGUGAUCAAGCUGUCAGACCGGCUGAGACACUCGGAGGGUCAGUUCAGUGAAGCAGGUCUCAGCGGAGCCGGGCAGGAACCCGACUGGCUGACACAGCUGCGUUUCAGGCACCACGCUUUACAGACUGGGAGAUACGACUGUGCUGAAACAUCUCAGUCGCCUCCUGAGGGAAGUGCUUCGGCCCAUGAGCACAACACAGUGUCCUUAGAAUCGCAACUGGAUGCCCUAAACCGGGACAUCCAGAGUCCAGAGCCGGAACUCCUUUACUACAGUGGCCCUGAGCAUCUAGUCGAAGGAAUCACUGAGGACAUGAACGUGUUGUCGUGUAACGACCGCAGCGCUGAGGACUGGAGCCAAAUGCCACACGCCAAUUCUCCAAUGCCAGUGCCGCAGGUUUAUUCCCCCCCAGCACCCCCAGUGACUGCGUGCCAAGCCUUCAGUUAUCAUAACACAGAUAGUGCUGAAGUCAGAGCCGCCUCGCCACAUUGUCCUCUAAGUAAUCAGCCAUCAGUAGCACAGGGUGCUGGGCCGUCCUCUGGCGCAGACACAAUGGGGGUUCAGAUGCUUGAGGUGAACGUCAGUCAGCAGGGGCAGUGCCAGCAGAGCGUGCAGCAAGGUUUCGAAGGCUCCGAGCUGACCAGCGAACCUCCUCAACAGAGCACCAAAGCAGGAUGGUUUAGCGGCUGGUUCAAGUCGAAGCCCAGAGAAGUUCCCGAGGGGAGUUCAGAGCAGAGGAGCCCGGCUCAGAUGGAACUACCGCCGACUGCUGGCUUCUCUCCUCCUCCUCCGCCUGCCAUGUUUCCAUCUCAGCCGUCCUCUGCUGGGAUCAACCCCUUUUCAAGAAAAGCAGGCCAGCAGCUGGGGUAGCAGCCCUGUCCACACCAAUAACAUGUAUCCCCGGAUUCGGGGAUGUCGGACCAGCUGUCAUUCACACGGCCUUUGUGUCCAAUGGGAGCUUCAGCUAAGCUUGGAUGAAGAUCAAUCAUAUCCAUUAUACCCCUGCACAUUUAUUUUUAAAGGAUGUCCUUUCAACCCCCCACAGCUUUGCUCACCAUCAUGUUGCAUAUUAAAUACAGAAAUACUGUACCGGCAUAGUAACUCAUGUUGCAAAAGUGCUUUCUAAACGCUGACAGCGGGGAAAUUACCAGUGGAUGCCGGACAUAAUCGGGGGACGGGAUAUCCUAAUUGACCCCGUUAACCAUUUAUGUACAAGAGAUUUGACCAGGACUGCCAGGCUACGUGCCGCAGGGGAAUUUGCUAAAUCCAAGUUAUAUUUAGCAGUGUAAAUCCAUCCAUCCAUCAUCUUUUUAUGAUCACAUGUACACCCACGAUACAGAAUUAUUCAACAAUUAUAAACAAAUUUAACAUAAAGGAGUUGAUAACUAAGAUGUAAUCCAAUGCCGAGGUUGUUUAUUAGCUUCAGUGGAGCCACCCAAGCAGAGUAAGUCUGACUUUGCAGUCUGAACAUUAUGUGAUCAUGUUAACCUUCUUUAAACUGUAUAUACUGUAACUUGAGUUGUGAUGCUGCCCAGAAGGAUGAUACCACGUGGUGCGAGGGGAUGGGGGGAUUUGGAAAGACCUCCACGCCAGGUCCUACACCCCUGACACAGCCAGCCAGAAUUCACUUAUUGGAUUUAAACUGUUAAUGACGCCUUCAUCCGAGAACAAGCUUUAUUAAUAGCUCUAUUAUAUAAAUGUCUGUGUGACAACAAAGCUAUUGUAGGCUUCUUAGAAUGUAUAUAAAACACAGUAAUAUGCUAUUUACAGUCACUUUUGUACUUCUGUCACAUGGCUUUGUGCUUUAUGUAUUACAGUAUUUGUCUUUGCCUUUGUGUGCCUCUGUCCAGCACAAGCAAUUAAUUAAUUACCAACUUAUCAGAGGCAUUCUUGCCUGCCAUAUUAAAUAAAAAUAUCUUGCCAAGAAAUAUCUGGGAUUCCAAA